AUGGCGGACACCAAAGAGGUCGAGUUGGCCAAACGUGGAGUUGAUGCUUUCGUGGAUCGAGCCAACGAGCUACACCAUCAAGGGCGCCAUGCAGAUGCGCUGAAGCAACUAGAGGUUGGUUUAUUAAUUUGCGAGAAAAAACUUGGUCCCAAGCAUAGUAGCACAGUCAAAGUCCUUUUCAUCUUGAGCUCCAUGCGUGAAGUGGACGGGACUUUGCGGAAACCUGCUGACGUUAACUUACACUUUCGUUUUUUUGAUAUCACGAUGAGUGAAUCCGAGUACCGCAAUAACAUAGACAUAUCACGAAUUUUACGCCGGCGUGCAUUUGUAGACGAGCUGGGUGUAUCAGCGGAUGUUGAGUUCGACAAUCUUGACGCAAAGUCACGACACUCCCUUGGUUUUUACGGCGAUGCUCCAGUCAGCUAUGCCCGUUGGCACAUUGACGGUAAUGCAGCUGUCGUAGAUAGGCUUUGCACAUUGCGCGCCUAUCGAUACCGUGGCGUGGCGAGGAGGUGCAUGGAGAAUAUCGCACAAGAUAUUUCCCACUGCGCGUCCCGCAUGCAACUAUCUCUGGAAGGACUUGUCGUGCUGGUGCCCGAUACGAAUGACAUCCUACAACGGAAACUCAUCCAAGCAAGCUUUAUACCUCUAGACGGUCGUCUUACUGGCCACCUUUCGUGUAUUCGUAUGUGCCUUCCGGCACAGUCAAAAAAUGGGGUAUCGGAAGUUGGUAUACCUGGCUGUGAGAAUUGUGGCUGCAAACUCAUUCAUUAUGAUGACCGUUGGACCAGGGUUGGCUGGGAGUACGGCGCUGUGCCCCCGACGAACCCAACUUCCCUGAAAACCGGCUUGCCGCCCACCGAAGGCCACCCCCGGAAAACCAAGCGGAACUGAGUUUAUGGCCUGCUCGCCCCCUAGGCCCCGGGUACCCAGCGGGUUCGAGUUCGCGACUUGGCCGAACGCGGGGAGAGUGACGCGUUCCAGUUCGGGCCCCUCGCAAGUACUAACCCUGGACACGAGAAACCCAACGAAGCUGAAGUUUGCGACCUCCCCCCCCCCCCCCC